AUGUCAUCAAUUGAAAUUCAUUCAAAAAUUGGAUCUAUCCCUAUACAAAUUCCAAACAAUCAAUAUAACAAUAUAAAUAACGACAGGAAGGUUAAUGCUACAGAAGACAACUAUAUAGUCUCUCACAACUCAAUACAUAAUAAUAAUUGCAACAAUUAUCCAAGUUGCGGAUCUAUCUCAAAUCAAAAUACGCAACAUGAUCAAAUAUCAAACAGUUUCACAAAUUCAUACCCAACAUUAGUAUGUGUUGAUCAUACAAUCUCACAACCGAUUGUUAUAAAUCAAGAGAAGGUUCUAGAAAAUUCACUCUCUUCAUCAUUCCAAAACAACAACAUUCCAAACUCUUUUGAGUCUGGAUCCAUUAAUAAUGUUCUAUACGGCUCAAACAAUAUGAAUCACCUAAGUCAGAGUCUUUUUUCUGGUUCCUUACCAACCGGAAACUUAGUUACCAAUAAUAAUGACAUUACAGAUAACGGUGCUACCAGUAAGUCAUAUCAUAAUGGAAGUGUGCCUAGUAAAACAACACAAUAUAUUGAAGACUUUGGUACAAACGCCACAACCACCCCAACUCAAUAUUUUAAAGACCAUCGAACUUUUCAUAAUCAAAGUAGUAAAGAACCUUUACAGCAACAUCUGCAGACACAGCAGUUUAAUGAUAUAUAUUAUGGAGCCAAUACAGUUAAUGAUUCUACGAUAAAUUACACACCUCAUACUACUCCUACUUUGAAUAAUAAACAGAAUGACAAAGAUUUAAACACAAAUAAUAACAAUCAUAUAGGUGCUGAGGAAAAAAAACAUUUAUUAGAUAUUGCUGAGUUUCCAACUGAGGAAUUAUUAAAAAUGAUGACUGCUUUAUUAGACAAAAUUGUAAGUUCGAAUGAUGAGUUAAAUAUGUCAAGCCCGAACAAUUCCUCUCCUAUCGAUGACAACAAUACUGCUCCUAGUAGUAUGAUCACCCCCACCACUACUAGUAAAGUCUCAGAAGAUAAUGAUAGUGAAUUAAAAUAUGCUAUCUCAUGUUUUGCCGGCAAACAUAUCCCACAGAUAUCUAUUGAACAAUAUCUUCUCCGAAUACAAAAAUAUUGUCCUACAACAAAUGAUAUAUUUUUAUCAAUAUUAGUAUAUUUUGACCGAAUCUCUAAAAAAUGUAAUAAUAACGAUAUCAACAAUGAUAUAAAUCAACUGGAGAGCAAACAUAAUUUUGUUAUGAAUUCCCAUAAUAUUCAUCGAUUAUUAAUAUCUGCAGUCACAGUAAGUACAAAGUUUUUCAGUGAUUUCUUUUACAGUAAUGCAAGAUAUGCUCGUGUAGGGGGGAUUCCAUUGCAAGAAAUGAAUAAAUUAGAGAUACAAUUUAUGCUUCUAUGCGAUUUUAAAUUAUCCAUUCCUAUUGAAGAAUUACAAAGGUAUGCUGAUUUGUUGUAUACAUUUUGGAAUACAAAUAACGAUGAAUGUGUAAAUAAUAUUGCUUUAGAUAACACUAACAAUAGUAAUGCAUAA